AUGACAACCUCAGCCCUGCGCCGGCAGGUGAAGAAUAUUGUGCACAACUACUCAGAAGCAGAGAUCAAGGUUCGAGAGGCCACGUCGAAUGAUCCAUGGGGCCCAUCCUCUUCGCUCAUGUCAGAAAUCGCUGACUUGACCUUUAAUGUAGUAGCAUUUGCUGAGGUCAUGGGCAUGGUGUGGAAACGCCUCAACGACAGUGGCAAGAACUGGAGGCAUGUCUACAAGGCCCUGACUCUAUUGGAUUACCUGCUGAAGACGGGAUCAGAGAGAGUAGCCCAACAAUGCCGUGAGAACGCUUUUACUAUCCAGACACUUCGUGACUUUCAAUAUGUGGACCGUGACGGUAGAGACCAAGGGGCCAACGUGAGAGAAAAAGCACGCCAACUGGUGUGUCUCCUCCGGGACGAGGAGCGGCUCCGUCAGGAGAGGAGUCAAGCCCUGAAGACGAAGGAGCGAAUGGCUGGGGGAGGCAGCGGAGGGGGCGGAGGGAGUGGAGGGGGUGGUGGUGGUGGUGGUGUGUAUGGAGGUAUACCUCCAUCCUACCACCCAGGCAGGCGAACAAGUCAGCCCAGCAUGGCUGUGCUGUACGGGGAGGAGUUCAGCCGCUCCAGAGGCUCUCCAUCCUCCUUUAACUCUUCAUCCUCGUCUCCUCGCGCCGCCUCAGACCUGGAGCAGGCUCGACCUCAGACCAGCGGGGAGGAGGAGCUGCAGCUCCAGCUGGCAUUAGCCAUGAGCAGGGAGGAGAGUCAGAAGGAGCAACAUUGUCGCCAAGGAGACGAGUCUCUCUUACAGAAGGCCCUGGAUGAGAGCAGGAGAGAAAGCCAGUCAGGGACACAGGAGUCAGCCAUGCUGGACCUUGUGGACAUAUUUGGUCCAUCCUCUGAGGUCCCACCUCCUCCCAGUGACCCCUGGAGCUCUGCUGAGCCCACCUGUGACAACACCUGUGACCCCUGGGACUCUGUAGCUGUCCAUUCCAGCACUCCUGUGACUGGUAGUCCUUGGGCGGCCCGUCCCUCGUCCUCCAACACGUCUAAUCCAUGGGCUCCAUGUGACAACUCACGCACAGACCCCUGGGAAGCAGCACCUAUCUCCUCCAGUCCUGUCAAUCAAGUGUGGGACAACCCAUCUGAUGGAGGUGACGGGACAGAUCCAUUCACUGCAGAGGAAGAGGAGAGGCCUAAACAGGAGGUUCCUCAAGUGUCCUCCCCUCAGCCUGCCAGUCCUACAGACUCCAAGACAGAUCCGUUUGGGUCUGACCCUCCAGUGAAGCCCCAGGUAAAUGGACGAGAGUCAUCCAGCCCAGAGAUGUUUGAUCUGUCCCGGCUAGCACCCCCACUCAGUGGCCCAUCUACACGCAUGUGUCGAACCCCAGAGGCCUUCCUCGGACCUACGGGGGCGUCGCUGGUCAAUCUUGAUGCCCUGAUACCUCCCAACCCCCCUACCAAGACGCACAACAACCCCUUUCUCUCAGGUCUGAGUGCUCCAUCUCCCACCAACCCCUUCCACUGUGACCAGCCUCGCCUUACCCUCAAUCAAAUGCGACCAUCCUCAACCUCCCCGCUGCCCCCUCACAUGCUCUCCUACAGCCCGUCGCUGCCUCUCCCUCUGCCCCACCAACCACCCAUCCUCCCCUCCUCUCUGACACAACCUCCUGCAGGACUCCUGGACCUUCCCUCCAACCUCCCCCAGCCUCUGCUCCCUCUUUCUCCCCGGCCAGUGCCCCGCACCCAAUCACACACACACAGCCACAACCCUUUCCUCUGA